UAAAAAUUUAUUUUUUUAAAAAAUUAUUUUAAAAAAUAAAUUCGCUUUUCCCGAAAGCUACACAUAAGACAAGAAUGAUAUACAGUUAAAAACGAAAAUCUUUCAUCGAUUGAAUAUAAUUUUUUUCAUCGCAAAUCAUAAUAUAUUAUGUGAGUCACGAAUAUUCUGUACGAUAUUGCAUACACUGAAAAAAUACGUGACGCGAAUGCUUUUCGAUAUUUAAAUAUAUAUUUAAAUAUAUAGGUAUUAUAAUAUCGAAAGUUAUAUUUAAAAAAAAAGUAUAGUAUUUGCGACAAAGAACAAAAUCGCAAAGGUACAAAUUGUAAAAGCCAAAAGUACAUAUAUUAUAUAUGAUACUAUGUAGCAAAAUUGCUUUUCUUCCCUUUAUAAAAAAUUCAUUACUUCAUCAUUGCUAGUCUUUGGUAUAAAGAUAAUUAUAUAGUUGAUAUAUAUAUAUAUACUAUCUAAGUUCAAUUCGAUUCGAUCUACACUUUAAAUCAAGAUGCUUGUCAACAAUUAUAUUUCAAUAAAAUUAAUUCGAUUUUUUAUGCAACUUAUUGGCAUGUGGCCAUCGAAAAAUAAGAGUCAAAUUUUAUUUUCAAAUUUUAUAUUAUUUUACACAUUAUUUACAAUGAUUUUUGCAACAAUGAUUGAGGGAAUGGAUCUCUAUUAUUCUUGGGGUGAUAUAAAGGCUAUUACAUUUUGUGCUCCUUGUGCAAGUGUUGUUUUUUCAACAUUGGGACAAUUAUUAUCAUUCGUUUAUUCACGAAAUGAAGUAUUGAAUUUUAAUUCUUACACAGAAGAAACAUUUUGGAAAAUUAAAUACAAUAAUAAGGAUUUGUUUAUUUUAAAAAAAUGUAAUAAAAUUUGUAUUUUUUCUUGCCUUGGUCUUACUAUUUUACUGCAAAUAAUUGCAUGGCAUUACGUGACUUUGCCAAUACUGGAAUACAAAGGAAAUAUAUCUGAAAGAAUUUUACCUUUUAAUCUAUGGUUUAAUAUUCCAUAUAAGGAAACUCCUUUUUAUGAAAUUAUCUAUAUUUUACAGUCAAUUUCCACAUUCAGCGUAUGCAUUUGUUGUACGACAUUUGCAAAUUUUCUUUUCUUAAUCAACAUAUUUACUGCGGGACAAUUUCAAAUUUUACAAAAAAAAUUACAACACACCUGCAAUUCAUUAAAUAAUUAUGAAAAUCACAAAUUAAAUAACAAUAAUAGUUAUGAGAAAUUAAAAAAUUGUAUUCAAUUUCAUCAGUUAUUGAUAAAAUAUAUUGAAAGAAUUGAAAAUCUUUAUUCAUAUUGUGUAUUGGGACAAGUUUUUACUUCGGUGAUGCAAAUUUGUUUUUCUGGAUUUCAAAUUAUUUUGGGCGUGGGAAAUUCUUUUAAUCGAACAAUAUUGAGCGUUGAAUAUUUUAUUGGCAGUUUUCUUCAAUUAUAUUUUUUUGCCUGGUCCUCACAUCAAAUAAUUUUGGAAAGUGAAUCUGUCCUUUAUGCAAUUUAUAAAUCACAAUGGUAUAGUGAAGGAAAACAUUUUCGUCAAGCUAUUAAUAUUCUUAUGUUAAAAUCGCAUCGUCCUUGCGUUUUGAGUGUUGGAAAAUUUACUCCAUUAUCAUUAAAUACUUUUACUGCGGUGGCAAAAACUGGACUUUCUUAUUUCACUGUUUUACGACAAAUGAGUGAAGAAUAAUAUAUUUUAAUUAUUAUAUUAAUUUAAUUGUUUAUUAAUUAUUAUUAGUGACCUGACG